UUUCAUAAGGAUGAGAAGGGACGAUUUUGUAAACAGACGGAGGUCUUCAUGACACAACAGGGCUGACGGUUGCUGGCUAGAGGUGAAAUCGUUGUAAUGAGGAGCUGAAAGAGAACUGUGUACAACACUGGGAAGAAUGAAGAAGUUGUAUUUUGUAGAGCCUAUCGUCGCCGUAUACGCAUUUGCAGCUUCUUUGGUAUAUCCACUGGUGCAGCAAUAUGUGUAUCGUCGCUUGUGGCAAGAGCUGACGAACAGCACCUACCCCGCAUCGGACAACUCAACGAGAUGUGCCCCGGCCAACUCCAGCAAUCACUCAAGCCACCAUGAAGAGGUGCAGAGGGCUGCCUCCCUGUUCUCCCUCUACACAGAGCUCUUCUCCAUGAUCCCCAGCCUGAUCGUCACGCUGGUCCUGGUGGCCUACAGCGACCAGCGCGGACGCAGGAUCACCAUCAUCCUGCCGCUGGUGGGCUCUCUGAUCUACACCUGUUCCUUCCUGGCCGUCUCCUUCUUCGAGCUGAACCUCUACCUGCUGGUGGGGGCCUCCUUCUUCAGCUCGCUGUUCGGAGGCAUCGGCACCAUGCUGGGCGGGUGUUUUUCCUACAUCGCCGACCGGUGCGAGGACGGGAAAGGCAAGACGCUGCGCAUGGCCGGGGUGGACAUGACGAUUGGGCUCCUCUCUGGCGUGGGCGCCAUAUCCACGGGAUACUUUCUGCGGGCAUACGGUUUCAACUGGCCCUUCCUCACCUCGGCCCUGGCCCAGCUGGUCAACCUGCUCUACGCCGUGCUCUUCCUGGGCGAGAGCCGGGUGGUGGAGAGCCAGGAGAAGGUGAGCUGUAGCGACGCCCUGCAGAAGCUGGUGAAGGGCAUCCAGCACAUAUUCAGCGGCGGGAGCCGCAACAGGAACUAUCUGCUGGGACUGCUGAUCACCAUCUUCUCCCUGUACACAUUUGCGGACAUGGGGGGCUUGUCCAUGAUCACUCUCUAUGAGCUCAAUGAGCCGCUGUGCUGGAGCGAGAUUCUCAUCGGCUACGGGUCGGCCAUCUCCACCACGGUCUUCCUGACCAGCUUCGUCGGGGUGUCUGUGCUGUCGCUCUGUCUGCCAGACGUGGCGAUUGUCUUCAUCGGGAUGCUGUCUCUGUGCGCCGGCCUGAUUUUUGUGGCCUUUGCCAAGACCACUCUGAUGAUGUUUCUUGUCAGGGUCCCCAUGAUGUUCGCCGUUAUGCCUUUCCCAGUCAUGCGAGCCAUGAUGUCAAAGGUUGUAUCCAAGGCUGACCAAGGAUCAUUGUUUGCGUGUGUUGCCUUUCUGGAGAGCCUGAGUGGUAAUAUUGGAUUUGCAGUGUUCAGCAGUAUCUACGCCACUACGGUUGCCUGGCGCCCUGGAUUCACCUUCCUCUUGGCGGCCAGCCUCAGUAUUAUCCCCAUGAUGAUGCUCAGCUUGGUGAAUUUAUUUAGAGAAGAGGGGCUAGAAGAGGAGAUAGAACCCCUACUCUCUGAUGACCGGCCCGUCACUCCAAUCGAGCCAGACCGGCCUGUCACUCCUGUCACUCCAGUCACAGCUUGAAGGUCAAAGGGAAACUUCUGAAGGUCAAAGCUUCUUCUUCUUCUUCUUCUUCUUCUUCUUCUUCUUCUUCUUCUUCUUCUUCUUCUUCUUCUUCUUCUUCUUCUUCUUCUUCUUCUUCUUCUUCUUCUUCUUCUUCUUCUUCUUCUCAGGUCACUUGUGGAAUCGUGAUUCUUGUGGUUGGAUUAAUCCCUGUAUCAAUCGUUCAUUUGUCUUUCUGAAUGUCAUUUACAUUUUUCAAUGCUCUGCUAAUUCGGAAAAAUGAAUGAACGAAUGAUAAACAGAUUUGGAUUUAAUCUUGAUUAAUUGGCACUGCCUCUCAGUUGUUUCUUAGAAAGCACAUUUGGUCUAUAUUCAUUUGAUUUCACAAAAUUGCAAAUUGCGAAGAUGCGCGUAUCCUUAACCAAUCUCAUUUCAAGAAACCAAUGAAUUUUGGUAGAUGUGAUAGACUACAGUAGGUAGUUCACGGGCAAGUGCAAUUUCUCAAAGCUAUUUCCAAUGUUGCUUGUUUUUGCAGUGUACAUAUUUUCUUCUAAGAUUUCUCACCACUUGUUUUGCAAGAUGUUUUAUGCUGAGCCUGGGAUGUAUUGCUGGAAAUGUAAGUUAGAUAGUUAGACUGAACAUUCAGAGGUCAAAACACUCAAACAUAUGCCUCUGUUUCCCAGUGCCUUAUUUUACCUGUGUACAGUAUACGCAAGAAAGGUCAUUCCAGUAGUAAGCUGUUAUUGGGAGAUAUUUUGAUGGAAUUGUGAUGUGUUUCUAAAUUGUUCAAGAUUUGUUUUAAAAUGAUGACGUUGAAUGGCACUUUUUAAAACGCACAGUUGAAAUGGCAUGCAUGCCAUAAGAAUUUGGAAUUAUGUUUGAAGAGAUACAGGAGUCAGCAUGUUAGUAGCAAAGCAAAGAAAUCUAGGAAAUUACCAUGACCAGCACAUAAUCAGCACACACUACUCUUUUUAGGAUUAUACAUGCCUACAUAAUAUACCUGUAUAGUGACUUUAUUUACAGAUGCAAGGAUGUCUGUGCUUCUGCCUCUGUGGUGCUCAUGGUCGUGAACAGCAGAAUCACGACAGACUUGGCUUCUUCUCAGCGACUAAACUCAGGGAUGUCUGGUACACUCAGCAUACUUUUAGAAGUUUUCAAAAAAAUUUGAUGAACAAAGUGAUUGACGUUACGGCACACCGGCAUCUUCCUCAGAGGCAAAAGAAGAUGCAGACUCUGAGGAAGACGCAGGGGCAUUGGAGCAUCAGUCACGUUUGUGCACCAAAAUAUAAAUACUGCAAAAUGUAUGCAGAGUACUUCGGUCUAGUCGAUCAGAAGUAGCCCGGUUUGUCUAAAUACAUAUGCAAGUGUACAUGCAUAAAUGGACUGUACAUGUACUACUGUAUAUGCACAUGUAUCAACAGGGUGCGAUUUGUAGGGGGGGUGGAGGGGAUUGUCCCCUCUUCUGGUUUUGAUAUUGUCACUUUUUCUACAUGAUUUUAAUCUUCGUUUAAUGUAGUUCCAUUGAUAUUGCUUGAAAUCUGAAACAUAUCCCCCCUUCUCAUUUUCUGACAAAUCGCACUACCAUUGUGCCUGAAAGGCUGAAUAUUAGCAGAUUCGUGUCACGGUCAGUUCAACUGCACAUUCAGUUGUCUUCUUUGUAUUGCUGACUUGGGUGUUUUGAGCAUUUCCUGUAAAAUACGUUUGUCCAUGACUAUUAUUGUAAUAUAAUACUUCCUCGUAUUUUCGUGUUAAAUUGUACUAUUCUACAAUUUAUCACAUGAGCUUAAAUGAGCAGUUAUGAUGGUCAUAACUGACAGACAAUGAUGGUCAUAAUUGACCUCCAGGAAUUACAGUCUGACUGUAAGUUUCAGAUAUAGGAUUGGUUGUACAUUUAAACAUUCAAAUCAUUUAAGAAGGUAAAAUAUUGUAAAAACAAUAUAAUCAAGUGUCUACUUGCAGCAUUUCAUGAAAUGUUGCUGAAGUUGGAUUAACAAGUUUAAUAAAAAAAAUACAUAAAAC